GUGAGCUCCGUGUGGAUUAGAUUAACACUGGUGAAACGUCUUAUUCAAGCCUUACCUGUACACGUAUAAUAUACAGGACCCAUAGACUGUGGGAACAUGGAGAAAAACCUAAACCAACCACCGAUUUUAUUUACAAUUUCGGAAGCUGGGGUUGAUAUUGAUCCUGAUGAGAUCGAAGCCCAACAACCGAGAUCACAUAGAUCAUCUCCAGCGAACGGACUGCCCAUGGAGUACCGUGAAAAUGCUCUGGUGACCAGUGCCCAGCGCCCUACCGUCACGUUGAGGGAGAAGAACCGGUGUGGUGGUGGCGGGGACAGAAUCCCGUCUGUUUUGACUGCUGUUGCUGUUGUUGUUGCAUUCAUUGCUCUCCUGAUUGGAUCCAUUGGACUGGCAAGAAGGGGAGAUAUAGUUGUUAACAUUUCGAGUGGCACUGGUGACACAUCUGAAGGUGAAGCUUCAAACACAAGUGAUACACUAGAUACUGAAAGGGUCUGGACGUUUGCAAUUGGCGACUACGGGAGCAGACUGGAAUAUAUUGAUUCGAACAGUGGGGAGGUCAAAGGUUAUAACGUCGAUGUUGUCAACGCAGUUUGCAGGAUUGCCGACAAGAAUUGCAAGCUAAUCUGGGACCUGUAUGAUCGAUGUUGGCAGAGUCGAGCCGGCAGUUCACCUCAAGCUGGCAUUGGUCUUCUUGGUAAUUGGUACGAUGCGUGUACAGCUUGGUCCGCAACGUACGAACGCGCUCGCACGUUUGCAUUUACAAAUGAGUUGAGUAAACAGCACCUUGCAGUCUUUAUGGUGAAGAUGGGAACGGAUGCAAACGCCUUCAACUGGCGCGACCUAACAGGGAAGAAAAUCGGCUUUUUACAGGCGUACGUCGAAGAUGAAAACUGUCUGAAACGAUAUCCAGAAAUAACUGGUGCCACUUUACCGAAGGAACAGAUCUUUUACUAUGAGACACAACAGGCGCUUCUAUCAGCAGUCAACAAUGAUCUUGUCGAUGCCGUCUUUCUGAACCAAUUCUUGGAGGUAACUGCAAACUUACAACUCGUAUCAGAGAAGCUUGAUAAAUGUGCGAUAAGCGGAAUGGCUAUUAUGACAAGAAAAGACAACCCUUUAGCGUCUUGGUGGAACCCAGCCUUCAAGACUCUGAUCGCUUCUCCGGAAUAUAGACAGAUUUGUCUGGGAUUGGAAGACGUCAAUGUUCAUGGAAACAUACCAGGACCUCUGGUGGAACAACAAUGCGUUGGGUUCUAAAAUAAAUCAGCUAAAAUUGCAAUCUAAAUGUAAGCCACCAUUAGAACUGCUCGCAUUGACCACCGUCGCUGAUGUACCGAUCAAACACUUAAACUUCCGUUUAUACGCGCCGCGCACAGCUCUCAACCAAUGAUAGGUAUUCACUGACCCCAGUGAGGGCGCUGUUUAGAUCUUGUGACGUAAUGCAAGGAAUAUAAUAAGAGUACUGGGCGCGUUCGUUUAGCUUCCCUGGGUCGACCCCGGUGUGUGGCGGGUUUUUUCCAGGACGAACACGUGUGCAGAUA